AUGUUGUUUCUUACUUUCUUUUCGUUUUCUUUAUUUCUUUUCUUCUUUUUCUUUUAUUUCAUAUACCAAAUUCGUUCUUCAUUCUUUCCUCUUGUAGCUUGUCACAGAAAAUAUAUUUACAUAUAUCUAUAUAUUUAUUCAUUCAUUGCCUUUUUCUCUUUCCUUCUUUCUUGGCACCUUCCUUUCCUCAUGAGCUACUUUUAUUUAUCGCUUCUAUUUUUUUUCUUUAUCCAGUUUUAUUUUCAUCUUUCUUUUUGCUGUUAUUUCUUUCGUGUAGUAUUUUGUGUCAAUGUAAAGUCACUCUUUGGAAUUUACCUCUUUUUUUCUAAUCGCUCUUUAUCUAAACUCACUAAACCUUACCACUUCUCUCCUUGUAUCACUAAACCUUACCACUUCUCUCCUUGUAUCACUAAACCUUACUACUUCUCUCCUUGUAUCAAUAAACCUUACUACUACUCUCCUUGUAUCACUAAACCUUACCACUUCUCUCCUUGUAUCACUAAACCAUACCACUUCUCUCCUUGUAUCACUAAACCAUACCACUUCUCUCCUUGUGUCACUAAACCUUACUACUUCUCUCCUUGUGUCACUAAAUCUACUACUUCUCUCCUUGUAGCACUAAACCAUACCACUUCUCUCCUUGUAUCACUAAACCAUACCACUUCUCUCCUUGUAUCACUAAACCUUACCACUUCUCUCCUUGUAUCACUAAACCUUACCACUUCUCUCCUUGUCUUACUAAACAUUACCACUUCUCUCCUUGUAUCACUAAACCAUACCACUUCUCUCCUUGUAUCACUAAAUCUUACCACUUCUCUCCUUGUAGCACUAAACCUUACCGCUUCUCUCCUUGCAUCACUAAAACCCUAUUAG